AGCGAUGGUGUUCGUGGCGACAGCUCGUCUCGCGGCCCGCGCGGCCUCGCGCUCUCGCCUGUCGACGCCUGCGCGCGCGUCUCCUCUUCUGGCCGGCGCGACGCAGCAGCUGCAGCUCCCGCGUGUGCAGCGCGCGCCCUGCGCCGUGGUGCCUCCGUUCCUGACGGCGGCGGCCGGCGUGGGCUCGGUGCGCACGAAGGUGAGCGAGCGCGCGCAGCGACGCAAGAACCUGCGCAAGAUGAAGAGCCAGAAGGGCGCGAAGGUGCCGAUGCUCAAGGACACGCUGCGCAAGCUGUACCUGCGCACGCACCCGGACCUGUUCGGGCGGUACCCGGAGCAGCAGCGCGCGAACGAGGAGUCGUACAAGGAGCUGCUGGGCAUCUUGGACGCGAUCGAGAAGCACAACGAGUUCCCUCCGGCCAAGACGCUGGUGCUGCCGUUCUUCCUCAAGACGCCCGUGGAGGGCCAGUUCAAGGAGGUGGACCUGCAGCUGCGCACGACGGGCGGCGCGUGCAACACGCUGGUGGAGGAGGCGCUGGGCCGGUUCUUCGGCGAGUGCGGGCUGCCGCAGGCGUUCCAGUGGGGCGAGGGCAGCUGGGGCAAGGCCGUGGGCAAGGACGCGGUGGAGAACUCGAACCUGGGCUUCGACAAGGAGGAGGAGGCCCGCGAGAAGGCGCGCAAGGAGGCGGAGGCGGCGGCCAAGCGCGAGGAGCAGAUCCGCCAGUCGGCUCCGGCCUACAACCCUGUCGAUAGUGGAACAACCACUGAGGACGCAUCGAUAGAGAAGCUGCUGAGUGAACUGAACGAGGUGUUUGAAAUUAUUGCGGCGGUCCCGUUGAUGGAUGAGGAGGAAUAUGGUGAGUUGCGCGUACACUUUAUGAAGGGCCCAGGACUGGACGAGAUCGAUGAGCGUGGGUACAGUAUCAAGGCUGGCACUCACAGAAUUUGGAAGGGUGAGCGCGACCUGCAGAAGGUGACGGAGGGCGUGGAUACCGACUCGGCUCUGAUUCUCCAGCGGAUCUUGUUGCACACGCUCAACAUUGAGCGGAAGGUGCGCGAGAUGCUCACAAAUGGCGGUGUCGACCCCGACGAUGAGGCAGAGUCGGAGGAGGACACCGAAGUCAAAAACUAG